UUGAAGAGGUGGACUCCAUCAUCAAAAGGUAGCAAGGCCGACGUACCGCCCUCUCCAACCAUAUUACUUUGGGUAUCGGCAUUUUAGCUUUCCCGAGCCCACAGCAAGUCCACUCCCCCACAUAUGCCGCCAUGGUCUUCUAUGUUGAUAUUCUGCCUCUUAACUACUCCAACCUCUAAAGAUCUAAGUUUUCACUGCCGGGACCCUUCUUAUACCCCUCCCAAAGAUCGAAACCCACCCAUCACGUGGUUUAAGCGAAGUCAAGUGAUGAUUAUCAGGUUCUGCCCCUGGCAAAGGGGUAUCAGACCUCGACGGCGGCUCGAGGAACUUCUUAGUGAGUGUGAGGGACUGCAAGGAAUCCAAAUUGCGAGAAAGACGUACCAAUGCGGCACCAUCAGCGUUAUGAUACACAUUCGUCAAAUGGCGUGGGAGUUUGAAUUGGGGGGAGGGGGGUGUUCAACAGACUACGUGCUGAGAUACGAUGGAGCGAGAGGUGAGGAGAAGGGUGCGUGGUGCGUGGUGGCGUUUACGGGGUGAUGGCAUGAACCGCUUUGAAGUGUUGAUGAAGUCGAGCGAACUGCAUAGAUGCGGAAAAGCUCGCGCUAGAAUCGAAGAACGAUAAAAAGUAAGGAAUUCAAGUAGUUGUGAAGACCAUCAUAUAUGGUCAUUGAGUGAGCG